AUGAAGUCAAUUUCCAGAGUCUCCGGAGCUCCGGUUAGCUUUGUAUCCUAUGUAAUAGGAUCAUUGGCUUCCAUCGGCGGCUUGCUUUUUGGUUGGGAUACAGGUCAGAUUUCAGACCUGGUAAUCAUGAAUGAUUUUAAACAAAGAUUUUCACAAGGUCCACCUGGGGAAAAGGACUGGACUCCAUGGAUUAAGGGUCUCGUUGUCAGUCUCUUGAGUGCGGGUGCCAUUCUUGGCGCUGCAUUCGGCGCUCCAGUCGCUGAUCGAUUUGGCAGAAAGUAUGCGAUUUCACUCGGGUGCAUUGUAUACUUCGUUGCUUUGAUUAUUCAAAUCUCUUCCGAGCAUGACUGGGCACAAAUUGCCGUUGGUCGUGCUGUAGACGGUUUCGGUAUCGGAUGGAUCAGCGCUACCGUGCCUCUCUACAAUUCUGAGAUUAUGCCACGUCAGGUUCGAGGAGCUAUGGUCGGCUCUUACCAAUUGUGUGUCACGCUUGGACUGCUAUUAUCGUAUUGCUGCUGCUAUGCUACCCACAAGUAUGGCGACUCUGGUGAAUGGCGCGUACCAAUCGGUGUUGGAUUCGGUUACGGUUUAAUUUUGUGCUUGGGUAUACUGGUUUGCCCAGAAAGUCCUCGCUGGUUAGCAAAGAAAGGAAAGUUUGAACAAGCUAAAAAAGUUCUUGCCUUUAUGCGCGGUGUGGGUCAAGAUGACAAGUUUGUGAAUGACGAAUACACAGAAAUCAAGACUGAGGUGGAGAAAGAAGCCGAAAUGCAAGAGGGCAAUAGUUGGCUCGAUUGUUUCAGCUUCAAACACAAGGCGCUUUACCGCACUCUUAUGGCUGUUCUUCUGCAGAUGGGACAACAGCUUACUGGCGCUAAUUAUUUCUUUUACUAUGGCGCCACCAUUUUCGCACCCGUUGAAUUGGUAUCAGAUAAGGAAGACAAUUCAUACAUUGCCCAAAUUAUCCUUGGCGCAGUCAAUGUUUUUACAACUUUACCCGGCCUAUAUGCGUUAGACAAGUUCGGAAGGCGUACUUGCUUACUUGUUGGUGCAGCUUGGAUGACUAUCUGGCUUAUUGUAUUUUCAACUGCCGGUGUUUGUGGUCAUGAUGAUGGCAAUCCAGGUAAUGUCAGUGAUAAGUCGAUUGCAAUUCUUAUGAUUUGCUCGGCUUGUUUCUUCAUCCUCGGCUUUGCUAGCACAUGGGGCCCUGGUGUUUGGACAUCUGUUGCUGAGCUGGCUGUCCCCCAACUUCGCGCUAAGCAAAUGGCUUUGGCAACGAUGAGUAAUUGGACAUGGAACUUCAACCUCGCAUUCUUCACAUCCCCAAUCACUGAUGAUAUUCACUUCUACUAUGGCUACGUGUUCGUCGGAUGCGUUGUUGCCUUUUUCCUCAUUGUAUUCUUUUUCCUGUAUGAAACGGCCAACCUUGACUUGGAAACUGUACAGCUUAUGUUUAUGGACUCAUCAGUCAAACCCUGGAAUUCUGCACACUGGGUGCCAUCUGGUCGUGAGUCGCGAUUUGAUCUGAAACAUGAUAUUGAGCAUGACCAGAACGAAUCCAACUUCGAUGUUGCUGUUAAUGAUCUGUAUCAAAACACCAAUGAAGGAUGA